AUGGGCGAGAAAAAAAUUGGCGGUAUACGACGAUUUUGGUCAAAACUUGCUGAUCGUCAGAGUAACUUAGAAAAAACUCAAAUGAGCCCGGAAUUUCUGGCACUCACUAAGAAUUAUGAUGCUUACAAAGAAAGUAAUGAUAUACUUGUUGAAAAAUUGGAAGCAUGCAUUCAGCAAAAUAGAAGUACCAUUGCUAGUGGAGAAAUUGUUGACAUCCCAAAUGAGAAUCCAUAUGAAAAACUUUCAAAUGCAUUUUUUUUAUUGUACGGUUGCUUACCACCUGAUAAGAUAACAGCUAUUCAAUCUUUGAUCUCUAUUACACAAAAUUUAGCCAAAGUACAACGUGAAAACCAGCUAAAUGGACGGAAAGCAAUUCGGCAUUUACGACGAUUUUUCGCAGUUGAAUAUAAGGAAUUAACAGAUGAACGAACAAAAUUGGAAAAAGCACGUGCAGAUAUGGAUCAUAUGAAGCAUGAAGUAAAAAUAGCAAAUACAACGGAAAAAAUUGAAAAAUAUGCUAUACUUUAUGAGCAGGCUGUUGAAGAAUUUGAUGGACAGGCACGUCGUACUAUUGUUUUACUCAAUCAAUUACCUAAAAUUAAAACGACUCAUUUGAAAGAUAUUGUGGAAUUUUGGUCAAUUCUUCAUGAAUAUCAUGAACAAAGUGCACAGUGCAUAGAUAUAAAGUCAAUAGAAUGA